GCAUGACAUUCACACGCAGUCCCGCGCGCCUGAUUUACAUCUUACAGGGGGGACACGGGGGACACGGGGGCACGGAGGGACAGGGUGGCCACGGGGACGUGGUGGGGACACGAUGGGCCGGGACGUGCUCCGGCGGCAGCAGCGCAUCCCCGGUGGCCGGGCUGACGUCGGAGGGCCGGGCGGUGACGUCACGGCGGCGGUGGCUGCGGGUGACGUCACGGCCGCGGGAUGAGUCACGGUACCGUGAUGCGGCUCCCGGGCACGCAGGGCCCCCCCCGCGCCCGCCCCGGGGACAGCGGCGACAGCGGCAGCGGCGGCAGCGGGGACAGCGGCGGGCGGCCGCCCCCCUUUUCCACCUCCUUCUGCCGGGGGGCCCCGGCGGAGCCCCCCGAGCCCGGCCGGGCGGGACGGCGGCUCUGGGCGCGCUGCUGCGCUGCUUCCCCUGCGAGCGGCUGUGCGGGGGCUGCGCGGUGCCCCCCGGGGCGCUGCCCCCGGCCAUGCCGCCCCCGGCCCGCCGCCGCCUGCCCCCGGCCGCCCGCCUGCCCCCGCGCACCUUCCGCAGUUACCUGCCGCGCUCCCACCGCACCUACAGCUGCGUCCACUGCCGGGCGCACCUGGCCCGCCACGAGGAGCUCAUCUCCAAGUCCUUCCAGGGCAGCCACGGCCGUGCCUACCUGUUCAACUCCGUGGUGAACGUGGGGUGCGGCCCGGCUGAGCAGCGGCUGCUGCUGACGGGGCUGCACUCGGUGGCCGACAUCUUCUGCCAGAGCUGCAAGACCACCCUGGGCUGGAAAUACGUGAGUGCCCCCCAGCUGGGACCCCCCACCUGCUGCAGGCACUGCCCGGCGACCCCAACCCCUGUCUGGGUGCCCCAACCCCUUCCAUGGGCACCCCUGGUCAUGCCAAUCCCUUCCAUGGGCACCCCCGGGCACACCAAACCUGUGCUGGUGACACCCCCAAGCCCUGGGGAGGGCAGCGCCCGUCGGGGCAUGUGGGGGCUGACACUGUGUCCCCCCACCCAGGAGCAGGCGUUCGAGAGCAGCCAGAAGUACAAGGAGGGGAAGUUCAUCAUCGAGAUGUCGCACAUGGUGAAGGAGAACGGCUGGGACUGACGCGGGGGUGCAGCUGGGACUGGGGGGCACGUGGGGGAGCGCUGGGUGACCCCCUCUUUGGCACUUUCCCUGUGCCCCCCGGUGCCCCCUGGGUGGCACCAGCCGCGGGGGUUGCGGGGCUUUUCUAGGGCAGUAAAGGCUUUUUUUGUAGGAAGGUGCUGGUUGUCACCUGUCCCCGGCGCUGCCACCACCCCUGGCUCACCCUGACACACAGCCUGGCACAGAGUGGGGGUUCCUGGUGGCCCCAGCCUGCCCCUUCCCCUCCUCACAUGCAGGAGGCGGGAGGUGGCUGGUGCGUUUAUUGGGACCCCGAGCUAGCGGGGAAACUGAGGCACGGGACGAGCAGGGACCCUCUGGUGCCCUGGGGAGGCGGGGAGUGUGAAGGGUGAGGAGAUGGGAAGGGAGAGAGAGAGA